CCAGGGCCGGGCUAGGGCCUAAAUUUGAGGCCUGUGCAGGGCUCUACCUCAGAGGUUUCUCCUUUUUCAUUCAUUUUGAAACACCUCAUUUGAACCUGGCUGCCACAGAAAGCAGAAGUGCGAUGGUCACGUGAUCGUGUGUGGGGUAGAGAUGUGCGUGCGCGCGCUGCCCUUCAUUACACGCGCUGCUCUACUCCUCUGUCGGUGGUUAUGGAUGAAGAGUGGACACAUUCUUAACACCAUUUAGAGACAUGAUGCAUGCAUCCACUGUGGCACCGAGCAUCUUGACGACCACGAACGAGAGUAAAAAUGUGACCUGUGAAAUAUCCUAUGAAGAUGACCGCAUUCCUCUGAUGGUGCUCUACAUUGUGGUUUUUAUCAUCGGCCUGCCAGCCAACUUGGCCACGGUCUACCUCACCCUCCACCAGGUGUGUCGUAAGAACGUCCUCGGCAUCUACCUGCUCAGCCUGUCCGUGUGCGACCUCACCUACCUCUUCACGCUGCCUUUGUGGACGGUGUACAUCAAUCAAAACCACGUGUGGCCCUGGAGCUCCUUGGCCUGCAAAGUAACUGGCUUUGUGUUCUUCAACAACAUGUACAUCAGCAUCUUCCUGCUGUGCUGCGUGUCCAUCGACCGCUAUGUGGCAGUGGUCUACGCCAUCGAGUCUCGCGGUCUUCGCCAGAAACGCAUCGCAGCUCUUGUGGCGUUUUCGAUCUACAUGGUGGUGGGCUUGAGUCACACGCCCGUCUUCAUCAUGUCUGAAGGCAAUGCUGCCCAAGGAAAACGCCGCUGCUUUGAGCCCAGCCAGAGCUCAGCGAUAGUUACGGGAUUCAGCUACGCUCGCGUUUGCAUUGGCUUUUUUAUCCCCCUUGCCAUCCUGAUCUUCACCAAUAGAGCCAUUCUUGCCAACGUUCAGGCCAGUACUGGCCUCCAGCCUCAUCAGAAAGAGAAGGUGCGCUACCUGGCUGUGGCUGUGGUGGCGUUGUUUUUGAUCUGUUUCGCUCCGUACCACAUUAUCUUGCUGUUGCGUGCCAUCACCUUCCACUUCCCCAAGCUGCAAGAGAAUUGUCACUUUGAACAGCACAUCUACACACCCUACAAAAUCUCCUUAGGGUUGUCCACAUUCAACAGCGCCUUCAACCCCAUUCUCUACGUGCUCUCCAGCAACAAUAUCCGUCAGGAGAUCAGAAGAGGCAUGGCAUCGCUGUGUAACAAAGUCAGCUCGAAUCAGUGCUCGACGCACAGCAGCCAGCACAACAUGCACAGCUCCAAAAGCAAUUCAGACCCCGUCCCAACAAAGGGCGAUCAAAUGAGAACAAGCUGUCCUACUACAUGCUAAAAUUUUAGAUGCAUUGGACAUUUUUUUGCUGAUAACUUGGAAGAAAGGGACAAAUCAAGGUUGUUGCAUGAUCAAUAUAACAACAACUUGAAGUUCGACAGAUCUUGCAAAAAAAACAACAAAAAAAAACAAGGGAAUUUCCUGUUAUUACUGUGGUCUUUUCACACCUCCUAAUCUACUUCCGUCACAGAAUGUUUCUAUAACACCCAGUCUGAGCUGCAGCUUCUGAACAUCUUGGACUCAUAUCUAGAGCAUAUUCUCCAGAUUGUGUUGAUAAACACUAACUCAACAGACAGGAAGAGGCAAUCUGAGUCACUUUUAAAGUAAUUCACUUCACGUUUUGUUUUUGCAUGGCCUUUAUCUAAAAUCAAUCAUACCAAAAUAACUGAUACUGUGCAUGAAAGAAGUUCACAAAACAAAAUAUUCGCAGAAGUUGAGUAUAAUUCUCAGAAUUUCUGGCCCGAUUUUCAGACGCAAUGUGGGAUAACAUUCUAUUUACUGAUCACAGAUUUGGUGCUACAAACUGGGCAAAUUAUGGCAAAUCCAGUGACCGAUUUAUUGUUGCAGCUCUUUCAGUACUUUGUAAACAUGAUUUCUGAUUCCAGGUGGACUGGUGAAAAUGUGCAGCUUCAAUCUCAUACGGUGUAUCAAACCAGCCAAUCAAAUUAGAGCUUGCUGUUUUGCACUGUCAGAAACAAAUGUGCAAAAUUUGUACCUUUAGGGGUGCAAUGGCUUGACAAUGGAACAGAACCCUCAAAAGGACACCUUUGUACUAUACUAAGGUGCUAAUAUGCACCCUUCAGGGGUAAAGAAGCCCCUAAACUGUGCAGUACCUUAGAGUAGUAACAUGUACCCUUAAUAUAGGAAUAUGUACACUUACUGUUUCAAACGACAUACAGCAUCACUUUUUUAUGUUCUCACAAUUUACUGUAAUACAGAUUCAGUGUUUUGUUUUGUAAAUUGAAUGUCAGUGUUAAACUGCAUGCCGUUUAAUGAUGACAGUGUUCUUUGGCAAGUUUUUUUAGCACAACCUGAUAUUGCCAAGUGCAACGUUUUCCUGGGUCAACAUAUUUUGUUGACCCUGGAACAACAUUUUAAUCCAAAAAUAUAAUCUUAACCAUAUUCCUACACCUAAACCUAACCUUACCCAUGAAUAAUCCCUAAAAUCAGAGGAACUGAUAGAUUAAUUACAGUGAUGUACAAGCACCAAACACUGAUUGUAAUCCUAAACUUCACAAAAAUUAUAAACUGGUUCUUGAAAUCUGAUUGGUUAAUCACAAUGUUGUUCCAGGGUCAACAAAGAUGUUGACCCAGGAACACAUUGCACUUGGCAAUAUCAGGUUUGGCGUUUUUUUAUAUACAAACAUGUUCCCUUAAAUUAUUAUUAUUAUUUUUUGUGUGUGUGUGUUUAUAAGAUUUUAUAAUGGAUGUGUUUUGCAUUAUGAUUAUUUUUGUUAUAAUGUUAUUUGAAUGAAUUUCAGGAGAAUGGCUUUUGUUAGGUGUUACACUCUUAUUUUGCUCGAUUUUCCCAUUUGUCCUAUUUUCCAAGAUUUCAUUUGUAAACCAGACCAUAAUAAAUUGCAGUCAAGCUUUUUUCAUACAGUCAUACUGUAAAAUAACUGUAAAUAAACUCAAGCGAGAUUACAAGAGAAGCACACCAUUUUUGCUAUGAACUUGGCAUGGACAAAUUAUGGUUUUAAGAGUAUGAUUCUAAAAUUACUAAAUAAAAUAUUUCAACAGAUACUGAAAAACUUAUUGAAAAAUGUAUGCACAGUGAAAUAUUUAAUAAGUAAUAAUCUGUCAUUUCAGCAUUAAAUAUUGAAAACUAUUGGUUUCUGAGGUCUGAUGAUUAAAAUGUGGGUCGCUAAAAACUA